AUGAGCCCGUUGCCGAACGCCACAAACGAGGGCAAGAAGCCCCGGUCAGCCAGCGACGCGGCUACAUUUGCUGCUGUUGUCGAGAACGAUGCCCUCGCCCGCGUGCCUGUCACCAAGCCUUCUGGGCAAAGCUUGCGUCUGAGCAUUCCACGCACUCCUGACUGCCGUGCCGCCUCUCCCGCGCCUUCCGCUCUCUCCAUGGACGACUAUCCCUCCGCCCAUACCGCCACUUCCUCGACCUUCCUGCUGCCUCGAUCAUUUCGUGACGAUGAGCUUUCUGAAAAACGACCGCAGACGUGGAGGACCCGGCUCCAAGCAUUGUGGUCACACAACAAAGGACUUAUAUUAGUGCUUAUCUCCCAACUGUUCGGCGUCGCCAUGAAUAUUGCCACCAGAAUCUUAGAGAUAGAGGGCAACGAUGGAAACGGCUAUAACCCAUUCCAAAUUCUCUUUGCUCGCAUGGGCAUCACAUUAAUACUAUCUUCGCUGUAUGUGUGGUGGACGAAAGUCGAGCAUGCACCAUUCGGGCCAAGAGAAGUCCGCUGGCUGCUCGUACUACGAGGCUUUGGUGGAUUUUUCGGCGUGUUCGGCGUGUACUACUCGCUCCUCUACCUCCCCCUCUCCGACGCCACCGUCAUCACCUUCCUCGCGCCCUCCCUCGCCUGCUUCGCCUGCUCCAUCCUCAUCAACGAGCCCUUCACCCGCACCGAGCAAACCGGCGCCCUCAUCUCCCUCCUCGGCGUCGUCCUCAUCGCCCGCCCCGCCUCCCUCUUCACCUUCUCCUCCCCCUCCCCCCCCUCCUCCGCCACCCCCUCCACCACCUCCACCUCCCCCAGCGCCGGCGACUACACCUCCGUCACCCCCUCGCAGCGCGCCACCGCCGUCGCCGUCGCCCUCGUCGGCGUCCUCGGCGCCGCCACCGCCUUCACCACCCUCCGCUGGAUCGGCCGCCGCGCCCACGCCCUCAUCUCCGUCAACUACUUCGCCGCGUGGUGCACGUUCGUCUCAUUCGUCGCCAUGCUCGUCAGCCCUUCCAUCCCGUUCCUCUUACCCACAUCAUCUAGCGACUGGGCGUUGCUGGUUUUCUUGGGGGUCUGCGGCUUCGUGAUGCAGUUCUUGCUCGCGGCGGGACUGCAGCACGAGCGUAGUGGCCGCGCGACGAAUAUGGUGUAUUGUCAGAUGUUGUUCGCGUUGGCGGGGGAUCGGGUCGUGUUUGGGACGGGGCCGGAUGGGUGGGGGUGGGCGGGGAGUGGGCUCAUUUUGGGGAGUGCGGUGGUGGUGGCGGUGAGGAAGAGGGAGGGGGGGAGGGGGGGAGGGUUGGGUGUGAGAGCGGGCGGGCUGGGGGAUGAGGAGAGGGGGCUUGGGCUUGGGCUUGGGGAUGGGGAUGGGGAUGUUGGUGGUUUUGAAGAAGAGGGCGGGGUGGUUCGGGGAGGGGGUCAUGGGGGGAGAGACGAGGCGGAGGAGGAGGAGGUGAGGAAAUAA